AUUUAAGAUAUUUAAUUGAUUAAUCAUAUUUAAUUUUAAUAUUGAGUCAAAUUUUAAUUUAAUUCAAGAGUAACUUAAAAGUUAAACUCAGUUUAAAUUAGACUAAGUCAUGAACUACGCAAUAAAAAAAUAUAACCUUAAAAUUUAGAUGUAAUGUAUUACAUCUAGUUUAUACGGCAAUGAUACUUAAAAUUAAAAAUAGCUCCUAAUAUUAAAUAGAACAAAAAAUGAAACGUAUCCAUAACUUAAUAUAAAUAAGAAUUUAAUAUUAAUUGCAUAAUUUUGAAAGGAAGCCAUUUUCAGUCAUCUACACAUAGCUUACCUACACACUAAAACCUAAAGUGCAUCUCUAUAUUGAAAUACGCCGAGUAUAACACUAACUUACUAUCAUACCUAGGAGAAAAGAGAAUUUUUCUCUUAACGGUGUUACAAUGCUUCGUGUGUUCAUCUAAACAAACCGUAAAGAAAAGAGAAGAAAGGGAACAAAGAUGAUGUUUUGCUGUUUGAGAAACUGUUUCAACGGCCUUGGCUUUGCCGCAACUCAAACACAAAAGAGACAACCAAAUCCUAUAUCUUUAGACACGUCUUAUAUGGGACAUGAAGUUGUCAUAGUAAAAAAUGGUCUAAGAGUGUGUGGUCGUGGUGGUGCCUUAACAAAUGCUCCUCUUGUCCAAAGUAAAAGUUAUUUUGAAGUUAAGAUACAACAAGGUGGAAUAUGGGCCAUAGGAUUAGCCACUAGAUCUACAGAUUUAAAUGUUACAACCGGAGGAAGUGACAAAGAAAGUUGGGCUCUCAAUUUUGAUUCUGUUAUAAGGCAUAAUCAGCAAGAAAUACAUAAGAUUCAAAGUCCAGUCCAAGAAGGAGAUAUUAUAGGUAUAUCUUAUGAUCAUAUAGAACUUAAUUUCUACUUAAAUGGAAAACAAAUCGGUGGUCCAGUUAUGGGUAUAAAGGGAACUGUGUAUCCAGUACUCUAUGUGGAUGACGGGGCCAUUUUAGACUUAAUUUUGGAUAACUUUAUUCAUCCUCCACCCACAGGUUUUGAAAAAAUCAUGCUAGAGCAAUCAUUACUCUAGCAAAAGAUAUUAUUACUGAUAAGUAUCAAUCUCUUUAUACCUUGGUACUCAAAGCAUUUUAUGUCCAUCCUAUUUGUCUAAAAUUAAAGUAUGAAAUCAAAAAUUGUUCUAAUUUAGAUAAAAAUUCUAAAAACAUAAUUUUAUGGAUAAGAAAUAUAUCUCUUAAUAAUAAUGUACAAAUAUAUUUAAUUAACAAUUGCAAAAUAAACAUUUUAAUUUAUAUCUUGCUUUCAUUUUUUUUUCUAUUAUACUCAUAGAAUGAUACAUACAAGAAUUAAUGAUGACUAUAAUAAUAGUAUUAUUAAAUGUAACCUAG